GGCCGCCGGGAGCGGGAGGAGGGCACGGGGCGGAGGGCACGGCGCGGACAGCGGGCCCGGGCGGGCGAUGCCGCUGCACCGCUACCCGCCGCGGCUGUGGCCGGCGCUGCGGCUGCGGGAGGGCAUCUGCGCCCGGCUGCCGGAGCACUACCUGCGGGCGCUGCAGGACGACACGCCGCCCAGAGCCGUGCACUGGAGGCCGCUGGGAGUGAGCCACCGGCGGAACCCGCUCACCGGGGAGAAGGAGCGUGUGCAGGACGUGCCGGUGCCGGUGUACCUGCCGCCCGCCGCCAACGAGGGGCUGUGGGGCGGCGAGGGAUGGAUCCGCGGCUUCCGAUACGCGCGAAACGAUAAGCUCUCCACCAGGCUGCCCAAGACCUGGAAGCCGCAGCUCUUCGAGCGGGAGUUCUACAGCGAGAUCCUCGACGCCAAGCUGACCAUCACUGUCACCAUGCGCACGCUCGACCUCAUCGAUGAGGCCUAUGGCUUUGACUUCUACAUCCUCAAGACCCCAAAAGCUGACAUGUGCUCAAAGCUGGGGAUGGAUUUGAAGCGAACGAUGCUGCUGCGGCUUGCCCGGCGGGAUCCUAAGCUGCAUCCUGAUGAUCCAGCCAGAAGAGAGGCAAUCUAUGAUAAAUACAAGGAAUUUGUGAUCCCAGAAGAGGAAGCUGAGUGGGUUGGCUUGAGUUUAGAAGAAGCAAUAGAAAAACAGAGGCUCUUAGAGAAAAAGGACCCUGUCCCACUCUUUAAGGUGUAUGCUGAAGAGCUUGUCACCCAGCUGAAGGAACAGGCAGCACAGAAGCAGUAGAAGGAGAGAAACCUUUGGAGCCAAACCCCUGCUGCAGAUCAGGCAGUGGGGUUCAGUGAGUCUUCUGCUCCAACCAUGCCAGUGUGGAAGGGGCCACAUGAAGAACAUGCCUGGGAGCAUGCUGCAGUUAGGGAAAUCUAACACCAGCCUAAAUUCAGUGAGGAACCACUCCUAUGGGCUUGAGGGUUCCUGUCCUGUGGCCUCUGAAAGCCUCCUCGUGAGACUGACUGAAUGUGGUGUACGAGUUGUUGGCUGCUGUUGAGAGCUUGAUCGUGAUAUAAAACAGAACAACACCUUUUGGGAAUAUCAGUAAACUUUUCUCUGAUGCUCA